GGUGGGGCUUUCCUUCCAGAUAUUCACGAAGACGAAUCGAACAUCUCCUCUGUUCACGGAGCUUCACUAUUGGUUGGUGAAGUUUUGAACAACUAAACGGUUUCAGCGGGUGUUCAGGUUGUGAAGGAGUUUAUGAAAGAGCUGUACUGAAACGCUGUCAUCAUGAACUCCGUACUAUCAACUGUAUGUUCCCUCAAGCAAAUGUUUGAUGGCAAAGUACAAGAAUUCAUUAGUGACAUUGAUAAUGUCCACGUGGUUUGGCUUGAGGAGAUCCAACAAGAAGCCAACCGCAUGUUCUCAAGAGAAUUUAAUGCUGAACCAGAAUUAAUGCCAAAAACACCAUCCCAGAAAAAGAACAGUCGCAGGAAGCGUGUAUCUGUGGGGCGACAGGAAGAAAAUCAACCAAGACGAAGGCUUUCAAAGGGACGACGCAGUAACAUUCGUGGCCCUUCUGUCAAAUCACUAAACUUCAUUGCUGAAGAAGAAACAAACCUUGUGGCUUCCACCUCUGAAACCUGCACCACCACACUGCCUAAACGUACCACUCGCCAAAACAAACAAACAAAGCUUGAUGUGGCAGAGGAUGUACGACAGUCACCCAAUGACAGCCGUAGAAGUGAAGAGGUGCAGAAUAAGAAGCCAGAGAUUGUGGAGGAAGGAGUAGACAACAGUAAUGAGGUUAACAAUGCAGAAGUGCAGCCUGGUGACACAUGUAGCACUGCACAGUCUCUGCCUAAGAUACCCUCACCUGAGGUGGUGGUUAGUCUCUCUUCAGCAGACCGCUUGUCAGCUGAACUCGCUAAAGAGCCAGAGCCCUCUCAGGGCUGUUCAGACACAAAGAUGGCAAUAGCUGCAGCCACUCAGAGCUCACAGCACAGCUCUGUGAGGUGCUCCCUCAAGCUACGCCACUCGCUGGCUGGUCUACGACACAGUAUGACGCAGGAGUCUGUUCGGCGUGCCUCACGCCGCUCCAUGCUUAAGAGGAAGGCGGCUCGCACGGGCAACUCCACUUGUAGUAGCAACAUUAGUGAAGAUACUGGCAAGGACUCUACAGAAGAAGAAGACAGAGAGGGCAUGGUAGAAGAAGAAUCAGCAAACUCGGAGGAUAAUGCUAAAGCUGAGGAAUCUAAGGGAAGUGCAGAGACCCAGAUUAAUCAGAAAGUGUUUUCACCUGUUGGACGUAUAACUCGGUCUGUGGCUACAAACUCUCCCGCACUGGCUCCCCCUUCACUGUUUCUGCAGAAAAUGAGCACACCUGGCAACAGAGCAGUUGUCACUGAGAAGCAACAAAUGACUCAGCCAAGUCAGAGGUCGCGUCAGAGUACUAAGCGUAAAGCACCAGAUACUGUAGAGGGAAGUCCUACAAAGAGGUUUUCUCCCCCCAAGAAAAGUCAGACUACAAUGAGACCCAAUAUGAGAUCGUUUCUCCACACUGUGCAAAAGAAUCAGAUUCUAAUGAUGACUCCAAAUUCCCUCGGCCGUACUGCUGUUAUUAAGUCCUUGAUUAAACACACCACUCCGAUGAAGAUUGAUCCUAAGACAAAAGAGCGUCACAAAUUGGAAGCACUUAGAAAGAAGCAAGAGCAAGAGGAAGAAAGGAGGAAGAAAAUGGAGGAGGAGAAGAAGAAGAAACAGGAGGAACUUAAAAGGAAGAGGGAUGAGAGGUUAAGAAGGGUGUUUGAGGCCAAAGUAAAAGAAGAGCAGAGAGAGGAAGAGAAGAAGAAGAAGAUUGAGCAAAAAAUGGCCCAGAUUGAUGAGAAAAAUGAUAAGCGUCUGGCAGAGGAGAAGGCCAAGAAGAAGGUGGCCAUAAAGCGCCAAGAGGAGUUGGAACAGAAGAAGAAAUUGGAAGAAGAGGCUAAGAGGAAGAAAAUUCAACAAGCAGAGGAAGAGAAACAGCAGCAGGAGUUGCUGGCCAAAAAGAAGGCAGCGGAGGAGGAGGAACAGCGAGCUCGUAAGCUGGCUGAAGCUCGCAAAGCACUGGAGCUGGAGAGAGAACGACAAGCUGCUGCUGAAAGGGAACGUGUGGAAAAGGAAAAAGCUCUGGCUCUGCAACGUGAACUAGAGAAAGCAGCAAGAGAGAAAGAGAGGCAAGAAAUGGAAGCAAAGAGGAAGGCGCUCGAGGAAAAGAGAAGACUGGAGGAGCAGCAGAGGUUGGCUGCAGAGGAAAAAGCAGCUAAAGAGAGAGAGGCUGCUGCUAAGCAGGCUGCUGAAAAAAAGUCUGCUGCUGCUGCUGCUGCUGGUUUGAAUGUGACUGUCGAUAUUGAGAGCUCUGUACUGGGCACACCUGUAGGAAAAGGUGGUAAUCCCAAUGUAACCGUGGAUAUUGAGCGAUCGCCACAGUCGUACUCCAUCACUCCAAAGGGCAGCAACAAAAAUCUGGUGUCCAAAAAUCCAGAGGAUUAUGGGAUGGACCAAAACAGUGACGACUCUACUGAUGAUGAGACUGCCCCAAAGAAACCCGUUCCAGGUCCCAAUCUGCAGCAGAUAAUUAUGAAGCAGUACUUCAACCCUCCAGAUUUGGACUCUUUCUUUGGAGUGGUUGAACCACCAAGACUGGAAAGCAUCUUCUACAAGAGCAAGCCUCACUAUUUUAAAGGCACCAGUUCUGCUGUGUGGCACUCGCCUCCAGCUGGAACCAAGUAAUAUCUGUGCACUGAUGGAGAUACUGCUGUGUAAAGUUUAAGUUUUGUUUUUAAUGUUAGAUUUCAAUAAAAACUGUUUUCUGAAUAGUUUUUAGCGAGAUCUAAUUACUAUUGUGUCAAUUAUGGAUGUUUGUGAUAUGGCUGUGUGUUGUAGAAUAACCCUGUGGGAUCUGAACAUUUGUCUUUGCCAGAUGUGCUGAUAGACAUCCUUGGUUUUGAAAUGGGCCCCAUUGCCAUAACGUGCUAGGCCUUUUUAUGGCAGACAGUUGACAUGUCCUUGCAGGAAAAACAGGCGGAACAAACAACAUUAAUCAGUUCAUUCCUGACGACAAGACAGCAUACAUACCAAUACCAGUAUGUGGUCAUGAAAAGUGCUACUGUUAACAUUUCUACUGUUUAUGGCAUGCCAAGCUGUCUGCUUUAUGAAAGGUCCCUUCUUUAAAUGAUUUUGGGUCACAUAGCACCCCAUGAGCAUAAUGACUUUAUAU